ACCUCCCGCCCGCGCUCAGUACGGCGGCGGGAAUGGAGGCUGAGGGCGGAAUGCUGCCCGCAGGAUCGUUCACCGGGACGCACGGGCAAACGGGAACCACGGGCUCGCUCCGUUUCUGCCGGGAUGGGUUUUCGUCAGGCUGGACAUCUUUUCGGUUCGCCAUAGGGAAUCAAUAACUGCACUGUGGAGAAGGGAGGACGGCCCGGGAAGCAACGCUGCCCAGCACGGCAGCUUGGAAGGCUGCUUAAGGUUGUGGCUCGUAAGUCUCAUCCUGUGCGCGCCUACCCGUGCGCCUAAAAUCACCCAGCGAGACACCGGCACAUCAUUACACACACACGGGAAGAAGAGAAAUUAGUGGAACUCUUAGCAGCAAAGGACUGUCCGGUGUAAAAAAAAAAAAAAACCAUGUAGACAGCAGGGCGGGGGAUAAGGAAUGCCGAGCUCUGCGUUUACUGACUUUAUUUGUUGCCAAUUAACAGCACGCAGAGCUGUCGCACAGUACUAACGCCUGAUAACGUUAUUGAGAGUGCUUUGGAUCCUAGUUACAGGUGUAUCAUUUUUUUACUACAUGUUCAUUUUUUUACUACAGUGUUAUUUUGUGCUAAUACAGACGUUUGUAUCACUUGAUCUUAUUAGCAAUAGUAUAAGGGAGGGGUUAAAAUCAGCACGCAAAACCACCUGCAAUAUUUACUGAAGAAAGAAGUUGUCUGCACUUUCUUCUGAAACUUUUGAACUCGAAUUUCUGCUCAAUCCGAGAGGCAGAGUUCGCAAAGUUCCAACAACUUUUCUGACAACUGGCGGCUACACAGCGAAGAAAGCGCAGCGUCGUGCACUUAAGGGACACGGGUGCAGGCGAGCAGAGGCAGUGGGAUGAGUCCUGCACACCCAAGGGCACGGUCUGGUCCUCAUCCUCUGGAACUGGCAAAUGGAGGAGCGGGAUGAUGCUCCGGCGCCGGGUGGCCGCAGGGUGCCCACAUACACGGAGCGGCCGCUGUUAUCGCACAGAAGAAAAUACUUUCCGUGUGCUGGCACCUGUGAGCUCCUAUUUCAGUCAGUGGCGGGUGAGAGAUCAGUGACCUCUGUACUUGGCUGACGGACCAAGAAGUCAUGGGGGUUUUCCUCAGCGGUUUCUCACAGCUCAGCAGAGGAUCCCCAGGCUCGCGGGCAUCGUGCAUCCUGCGGUGACCCAGUGAUUCCUGUGGGCUUCCAGCUUCCCUGUGUCUCUAGCCCCGAGCACGAACCUUUAGCGCCCGUGCGCGUUCCUCUAACUCGCACUGCGGCACCGCACCCGAGAUGGCGCUCCGGCGGGGCGCGGCGCGGCGCACCCCGGGACUUGUAGUCCGGGGGCGGGCUGGGGCGGGCUGGAGCCGCCGGGACGGCCGCCCCCAGCAGCGCAAAGCACCGGCUGUCCCGUCCCCAUUCCCGUCGGGGACCUCCCCCGGCGGCGGGGCGGAGCGGGACGGGGGCGGGGGGUCCCGGGAAUGCGGGGCGGGAUGGGCCGGCCCGGGGGAGGGGCUCGGCCUCCCUGUCCGCCCUAUAUAGAGGGGCCGAGCGAGCAAGAUGUUCACUGCCAGUAGCGGGGCCGCGAGCUGGACGGGGCAGGAUAGGCAGGCGGAGGGCAGGCAGACAGCGCCGUGUCCGGGCUCCGUCCUCGGCGUGUGUGACUGAGGCGGGGCGUGGGGCCGCGAGCGGCACGGAGCGGGGGAGCUCGGCGGCGGGACCCCCGUGAGCGGAGCCUCCCUCGGUGCCCGCGGCGGGCGGUCCCGGGCAGCGGCGGCUGCAGGUCGGGAAGCCGGGCGGUGAGGAGGCUCCGUGCCGCCGGCCCCGUGGUCCGGCAGCAUGAACAUCCUGCUGGAGUUCUUCGUGGUGACUUUCCGAGUGCUGUGGGCGUUCGUGCUGGCCGCGGCCAAGUGGCUGGUGCGGCCCAAAGAGAAAAGUGUGGCGGGGCAGGUGUGCCUGAUCACCGGGGCGGGCAGCGGCCUGGGCCGCCUCUUCGCCCUGGAGUUCGCCCGGCGCCGGGCGCUUUUGGUGCUGUGGGACAUCAACACGCAGAGCAACGAGGAGACGGCGGGCAUGGUGCGGCACAUCUACCGGGAGAUGGCCGAGGAGGCGGCCGCCGCCGCCGCCGGAGUGGCUGGAGAUGGAGAGAAAGAUGUGCUGCCCCAUUGCAACUUGCAGGUUUACACGUACACUUGUGAUGUGGGCAAAAGAGAGAAUGUCUACUUGACAGCUGAGAGGGUCCGUAAGGAGGUUGGCGAGGUGUCUGUCCUGGUUAACAAUGCUGGUGUGGUCUCCGGGCACCAUCUUCUGGAGUGUCCUGAUGAGCUUAUUGAAAGGACCAUGAUGGUUAACUGUCACGCACACUUCUGGACCACUAAAGCAUUCCUUCCCAAGAUGCUGGAAAUGAACCAUGGACACAUUGUGACAGUUGCAAGUUCCCUGGGGUUAUUCAGUACUGCUGGAGUGGAGGAUUAUUGUGCCAGCAAAUUUGGAGCUGUAGGCUUCCAUGAGUCUCUGAGCCAUGAAUUGAAGGCUGCUGAAAAGGAUGGAAUCAAAACUACUUUAGUCUGCCCUUACCUUGUAGAUACAGGAAUGUUUAGAGGGUGCAGGAUCAGAAAAGAAAUUGAGCCUUUCCUUCCACCCUUAAAACCUGAAUACUGUGUGAAACAGGCUAUGAGAGCCAUCCUUACAGACCAGCCAAUGAUCUGCACACCUCGCCUCAUGUAUAUGGUCACCUUCAUGAAAAGUAUUCUGCCAUUUGAAGCAGUGGUAUGCAUGUAUCGAUUUUUGGGAGCGGACAAGUGUAUGUAUCCUUUCAUCGCUCAACGGAAACAGGCUACAAACAACAAUGAAGCAAAAAAUGGAAUUUAACAGUUUUGGAUGGACUAACAUUUAUAUGUGAAUGCAAUAAUGUUACAUGACUGAAUUGCAAAGUGCACUUGCAUCUAACAGAUGCAAAUGUCGAUAUCUUACUGUGGCAUUCUCUUGGGUCCUAAACCUGUGUAUUGAACGCUAAAAAUCAAUGGAUUUUUAUAUACUGUAAAUAAAACUGACUAGAGUACUUGGGAAAUGUGAUAGGUAACUCAAAUGAAUUUACAAUGUAGCUGCCACCAUUGUCCUUUAGAAUAUCACUGUAUGUACAGUAAAUUAGUCAUACUACUUGUUGUAGGGAUGCACUGUGUGAUCUCUCUUCCUUAGUCUGCUAAGGCUUCUAAGAGCUGUCUCCAAACAGAAGAUGGAAUGUUUCAGAAAUGGUUUGACUCUCCUUACAUUACUUAGGAAGGGAGGGAAAUCUUGCAAUUUAAGCUACUGCUCAUGAUCUUAUAGCAAAUUCAAGGACAGUUUCUGAAUGCAUCUCUUUACUCGUUCACCCAAGUUCUCUAAAGGACACAUGGCCAAAUUGUGGUGUAAUUCUCUUUUGUUGCAACUGUGUGUGUUCUAUUUAAACAAAGAUGAAAAGAAAUUUGUAAAUCUCUGCCAAUUCAAAGGCAAGUGAAUGUCUUACAUACUGUCAAAGCAAACUUGUAGUGGGCAUCUGUUUUUUUUUUUUUAGGAAUGCAGUCAGUGAUUUAAUUUGACUUUUUUUCCAAGUUUGACUUGAUUUGAAAUAUCCUCUGUUCCAUUUCCCUCUAUAUGUCAGAGUCCAAUUUACUAUUAUGGACUACAUGUUUCAUUUCUUCUUCCUCAUUCUUACUUCUGACAGAGUUCUCCCACCCCCCCCCUGCCCCCCCCAGGAAACUGUUUAAUUCUGUCUCGAAUUCUCCAACUGGACUUGUGCCUAAAAGACAAAGCAACUCAGCUGAGAUACAAACUGUUUAUGUAAGUGCUGGUCAUAUGCCAAUUAUUAGCAAAGGAAAAAUAGAAUAAUGCCUGAUGCAACUCUACAUUCAGAAUAUGAAAGGGUGUAAAGAUUUUUUUUUGAGUUGUACUCACAUUGUAGGACAGCAAAUGAAAUUUUUACAGUAUUUUUUGUAAAGAGAACAAUUUUGUGCCUUGAAUUUGGUAAUUUGUAUUAGUGAAGCAUUGUAAAAGUGAAAUUCUACCUCUGUAUCUUAAUGUAUACCAUCCACUUGUAAACUACUAUCAGAAAAAUUGUGAUUACUUUUUUAGAAUGUCUUGUUAAAUAGUGACCAAUGCCUGUGGUUAUUAAAGUGAGCCACCUUUUCAUUAAAA